AUGAUUGGAGUCCGCAACAAGUGUGCAACGAUUCUUCCUCCUGGGAAGACAAACCACGAAGGCGAAGCCCACUCGUGUGUGAAGCUGCUGCCGAAUGGGACUACAACUGUUCACGGAUGCGGAGUGCGGUGUGAAGCUUGUGAGUAUUAUUGUAAGAAGCCCAUUGGACACGAAGGAGAGCACUCCGCUGCUCAUGGAAAUAUGAGCAACAUGCAUUUCGUUGCUGAAGACGCUGUGAUCAACUGGGAGGACCGAAAGUACGUGCCUGGCGAGAAAGGAGUUGCCGAAAUGUGUAACAUAUACUGUUCUUCGGCUGGACGGGGUCACGUUCACUACUUGAAGUGCGAUAAGGAGACUGUCUCUGCUUGUGUGUACACGGGCUUGCAAGAUCAACGCCGUCAUUGCAUGACUGAGCUCAAACCACGUCCCGAGCACCAGGUCGAUGAGCUUCUACAUGAGAGAUACUGGAAAACGAUAGGAUGGGAGGACCCAUGUCGAUCUGCUUUGGAACGCGCCCUAUUUGCGAAGUGUCCGUAUUUGUGCGAUGCAUUGGAGCACAAAGGCGAGAAAAAGUCGCCGUCCUUUUGUGACUUGGAAACAUGGCAUCAGCCUGCCGCCACGCCCUGCAUUGCGGAACGACGGGGUUUUUCCUAUGUCAGUGGCCAUCGUUUCGCUUGUUCUCAUACGUGCUCAACAGGCAAGGUGCACCAUGUCUUUGUGUUGCACUGCUCCGGGUCGAUGCGAGGAGAACCGUGGAAGGAAUUGGUGAGCGGCGUUCGUGGAUAUUUGCAAAGUCGAUUGGCUGCUGGUGUUACGCAGGAUAUUGUGUCUGUGAUCACGUUCGGGCAACAAGGAACUGUUGAGUUCGAGCGCCUAGCGCCAUUUUGUCGCGCACGAACUUGA